AUGUUGAUCACGUUCAAUGCCAAAUCUCAGGAUAUCCGGCCUGGAAACAAUGACUCGUCUUCAUCGACAGCUUCCGCUUUGGCAGCGGCGUCGUCUGCGUCGACAUUGGCGACAGGAGUCGAAUUGACACAAGUCAACAGUCCCGGUGCUGGUGCUGGUGCUGGUGCUGGUGCCGGUGCUGGUGCCGGUGCUAACACGGAGACACUAACGGCAAGCGCAGCCACUGGCAAACCGCAGGCAAAGUCAAAGCCCGGGGCAGUGAAAAUCUUCAAAAACCCCACAGAUUUCCACAAGUACAAGGAAAACGGCCGAUCAAGAUAUGGCUGUUUAACGUGCAAAGUCCGCAAGAAAAAAUGCGACGAAUCAAGACCCGUGUGCUCCGACUGUUCCAGACUCAACAAGAAAUGCUACUAUAUCGACCGAGAAAACAUGUCCAAUGAACAAAUCCUGGCGUUGAGAAAAAAGGUGGAAUUCGAAGAAAGUAACCAAAAAAUUCGAAAGAGAAAGAUCAAAGUGAAAAAGGACCCGCCGGAGGAUGAUGUACCCAAGGAUGCACCAAAGAAAAAACCGAAAAAAGCCUCCAACCCGCAAGAGUUGGCUGCUUUCUCAACUAGCCCAUUCAAGAUAUCGGGAGGCUACACUUCUGGAAUAAGAUCAACAAACUCACCCACAAACUUCCCCCUGCAAGUCGGCUCUCCCAGCCGUACAAGUCUAAUGAAUCCUAUGCCAGAUACCCAUACCCACCCUCGAAACCAAGAACUAGAACCUGGUCAACAAGUUGUCGAUCUACCAGUACCGGGGGAAACCCAAAUUUCACAACACACCGAACCGGCACCGGUACCGGCACCGGCACCGGAAGCCGAACCUGAACCUGAACCUGAACCUGAACCUGAACCUGAACCUGAACCUGAACCCGAGACGGAAGCCGAACCUGAACCUGAAACUAUACCCAAUGGCCAAAAUUCUCUUUUAAAUUUACAUACACCGCCAUCACUCAGUCCCUUUGCCUUGCAUAAAGACGUGGCGUCACCAAGCGGGUUCCUAUCUUUACUUCGAGAAAUAACCCAAGUCAAAAACAGCGAUUCCAACAACACUCUGGAGAAAAGAUUCGAAGAAUUAGCUCCCGACGACGAAAACCACCUAAGGCAUUUCUUGCAUAGUCCGGGACUCAACUCGGUGGUUGAAUCUUUUGAAAACAUCGAUCAAAAUGGAUUGCUUUUCAAAAACUCCAAUUCAUAUGCCGACUUAAUUUCCAACUUAAAUGCUCAACUAACACCACAUCCGCAACCAGUACUUUACAUCCCAGAACUCGCCGAUCCAUCUUACAGCUUCCUAUACAACUAUUGCCUGGAUGUGAUACUCAACAAAAUCUCCAUUGCCGCUAACGAACCAAACUCCUUCCACAAGAUUUUCCUUCCGCUUGCACACAAGGACAAAGGGGUCUUUUACAGUCUAUUAGCAUGGGCGGGGAAACAUUUAGGCGGAACUUGGGCCGAAGAUGCAGAAAAAUUUGUUGAAAUGGCCGUUAACCAUUUCCACAGUAUAAGUGGCGGCAAAGAGGAUCGACAGGCGGUCAUCAGCAAGUUGGCAAUCAUCUUGACCUUGUGCGCUGCUGAGAUUUGCAACGGUGACAUCAAUAAAUGGAACGUAUACCUCAAAUGGGGCUGGGAAUUGUUGGAGUCACACGGGGGCAUUUCCAACCUCAACAAGUCGAAAGAAGAGCACUGGUUGAUUACAAGUUUUGCCUACCACGACUUGCUAUCAAGUCCCAGCACUUUGCGAUCGACCUAUUACUCGCCACUUAUAUACGACCAAAUCUUUGACGACAGCAAGGGCUUUUUGAAAGGACACCUACAUCCGCUCAUUGGAGUCGCCAAGAGACUCUUUAGCUUGAUUGGCGAUAUUUCCACCUUGCUAUACACGAGUAAAAAAAUGUUGCGCGAGCUAUACGAGAGUGGGAUCCAUCACCGAGCAAAGCUGUAUGUUGUUGUUUCCUCGGAGUCUGCCGAUGGCGACGAAAAUGACUUAGACGUGAGCGAUGUCGAGUCGGAAAUCAGCCAACAUGGCAAGGCUUCAAAAGUAUUGACGCAUGUAAUUUCCAAAGCCAACGAAUUGGAACAUCAAAUAAACGAAGCGAAACCAGAUAGAAAAGACCUUUCCAAUUUAUCAGACCAAGACCUCGAGUUGCAGCUAACCCUCUUUGAAGCAUUCCAAAUAAGUGCCAAAUUGUUUCUUCGCGAAUCGGUCUUGAAAUGCAAUCCGUCGCACCUUGAAUCGCAAAUGUUGAACAACGACUUGAUCAAAUGCUUGGACAUCUUGAUAGGCACCUCCGUUCAAGCCUCGUUGGUGUUCCCCGUGUUUAUCUCCGGCAUCCACUGCGUCUCACGCCACGAUCAAGAGAUGAUGGCGCAGCGCGUGAAUGGUUUCAUCAAGAACUACGGCAUGUUCAAUGCUUCGAGAGUCAGAGACAUUAUGGAGAAAGUCUGGAGCCAGAACUCUCAAGGCUGUCAUGCUCUAGAUUGGCACGAGUUGUUGAAUGAACUAGGCUGGGACUUGAACUUUGCCUAG